AUGUCGCAAAUUAAUGAAAAUGUUAAUGUUACAGCUGGUAGCAGUAAUAACAGUCAAGUAGAAAGUAUCAAAGAAUCAGUAGUUAUUGAAGAAGACAGCAUUAUUCCACCUGAAGAUAAUUACAAUAUUAUUUAUUGUAUUUUUUUUUUACAAGGAAUUGCAAUGCAUUUAGCAGCGAAUGAAUCAUUAUUUUGGGGAACAUAUAGACCUAAUUUAUAUUUUGGAGUUAGACCAAGAUUACCCGAAUCUUUAUUAAGUGGAUUAAUGUGGUUUGGACUUGGGGAUUAUUAUUCACUAAAAAAUUUUAGACAUCAAUGCGAUCAGGCGGAUAAAAUGAAAGAGUAUAGCUAUAAGAAACAUGACGGAAGAAAUUUUGGAGUGCAAACUAUAACAGAUGAAGUCAGUAAUAUAAUAUUGAAAUCUGAAUUUGUAAAAGUUUCCAAUGGUGGUGGAAAAGGUGGUGAUUGGGCUGUAAGAAUAUCAGGCAAACCUAUUGAUUAUGAUAAACCUUCAAAAACUUCAAUUUUUUAUUAUUUUGCUCUUGAGGGUGAAGGAUACAUUGAUCUGAUCAAUCCAAUUGAUAAAAUGGGUGAAACACCUGACCUUGGCAACUUUAAUAUUAAAAUAGUGGAUGAUUCAAAUAAUCAAAGUCCAACAAUCAAUCCAAUUUAUAAUGAUGAGAUUGCUGAUAUAUCUAAAACACAAUUUUUUGGUCAAUUGAUAUCUGACGAUGAUUUAUGGAAAGCAAAAGAGAAAUAUUCUAAUGAAGAAUUUCCACCACCACAUUAUUCAUUUUUACUAAAUAAUUUAAUUGAAGAAGAUUCAAAUUUUUAUGCAUUUCAAAAAAUAUUUGAAGGAUCAUUCCAGUUUGAUAUAAUUUAUCAAUCUGAUCUGUCAUCCACAAAUAUUGACUCUGGUAAUUUGGGAGUAUUAGUUGAAAAGAAUUCAAAAGAAUUUGACCAGAGAUUUGAAAACACUUUUAAAUUAACAGAAAAAGGUUUUAAUAGUAAUCAAAUUAAAUUUGCUCAAUCAAUUACAAGCAAUUUAUUAGGAGGGAUUGGAUACUUUUAUGGAUCUAGUAUGGUUGACAGAACAUAUAGUGGUGACGAAGAUGAUAUGGAGGAAGUAGAAAAUUUUUGGGAGAAAUUAAAAAAAUCUAAUCCAACUUUAACUUUACCCACAAGUUUAUUUACUGCAACUCCUUCUAGAUCAUUUUUCCCUCGUGGAUUUUAUUGGGAUGAAGGUUUCCAUCAACUUUUGAUUGGUCAAUGGGAUAAUGAUCUUAGGCAAAUUUAA